AUGUGUUACUACGGCAGCUACUAUGGAGGCCUGGGUUAUGGCUAUGGAGGCCUGGGCUAUGGCUAUGGUGGCCUGGGCUAUGGCUAUGGAGGCCUGGGCUAUGGCUAUGGCUGUGGCUGUGGCUAUGGCUGUGGCUAUGGUGGCUAUGGUUAUGGCUGCUGUCGCCCACUGUGUUGUCGAAGAUACUGCUCCUAUGGCUUCUAUUGA